AGACAAACCAACAGCAGCUUCUUCUGACACAUACACACGCACACGCACCCCCGGCACACACUCGGCACACUUUUGCUCCAUCUGAUUAACAGUCCUGCACAUACAAUGAUUACGGGAAAGCGUAAAUAAAUACGGAAAGGGGUGAUUAUUUUGACUACUGGAAGAGCUUUCCUGGGUCUCAGAGCAACUUUUGUUUUUAUUACUGAGAAGGUGAUCUCUCCAUGCGUUUCUCUCACACAAGGAUUCUUUAAAAGAGGAAGAGAGACACAGAGAGGGGGGAGAACAAUCUUUCACUUUAAGACCGGCUGGGCUCAAAGAUAAAAGGAGGGAAAAGCGGCAGCAGCAGGGAAACCGCUGCUGCAGCACUUCGGAAAGACAUUUUUGAUACAUUUCUGAGCGCUGCGGCCCGUUUCUCCACCGAAGUUGGCUCCAGCUCUAGCAGCCGCAUUGGAUCCCACAGCUUACUGCGAGACUCCGGUGUACAAUCCGGAUCUCUGCCCCAACAUGAUCGCGGCCCAGGCCAAGCUGGUCUACCACCUGAAUAAAUACUACAACGAAAAAUGCCAAGCCAGGAAAGCUGCCAUUGCCAAAACUAUCCGGGAAGUCUGCAAAGUAGUUUCCGACGUCCUGAAGGAAGUGGAAGUGCAGGAGCCCCGGUUCAUCAGCUCUCUCAACGAGAUGGACAAUCGCUACGAGGGCCUCGAGGUCAUCUCCCCCACGGAAUUUGAAGUGGUGCUUUAUCUUAACCAGAUGGGGGUGUUCAACUUCGUGGACGACGGCUCGCUGCCCGGCUGCGCGGUGCUGAAGUUGAGCGACGGGCGCAAGAGGAGCAUGUCCCUCUGGGUGGAAUUCAUUACCGCCUCCGGCUACCUCUCGGCGCGCAAAAUCCGGUCCAGGUUUCAGACGCUGGUGGCUCAAGCGGUGGACAAAUGCAGCUACAGGGAUGUGGUAAAGAUGGUGGCAGACACUAGCGAAGUGAAACUGAGAAUCCGAGAUAGGUACGUGGUGCAGAUCACCCCGGCUUUUAAAUGCACCGGGAUCUGGCCGAGGAGUGCUGCCCACUGGCCACUUCCCCACAUCCCCUGGCCGGGACCCAACCGGGUGGCGGAGGUCAAAGCGGAAGGUUUCAAUCUCUUGUCCAAGGAGUGCCACUCCCUGGCCGGCAAGCAGAGCUCGGCCGAGAGCGACGCCUGGGUGCUGCAGUUCGCGGAAGCAGAGAACAGACUGCAGAUGGGGGGCUGCAGAAAGAAAUGCCUCUCCAUCCUCAAAACCUUAAGAGAUCGUCACCUCGAACUGCCGGGCCAGCCCUUGAACAAUUACCAUAUGAAGACUUUGGUUUCCUACGAGUGUGAAAAGCAUCCCCGGGAGUCGGACUGGGACGAGUCUUGCCUGGGUGACCGGCUGAACGGGAUUUUGCUGCAACUUAUCUCCUGCCUGCAGUGCCGGCGGUGUCCCCAUUACUUUCUACCGAACUUAGAUCUGUUUCAAGGCAAACCUCACUCGGCCCUGGAAAACGCUGCCAAACAAACGUGGCGACUGGCAAGAGAAAUCCUGACCAACCCGAAAAGUUUGGAAAAACUUUAGAGCACGAUUUAAUCAAGAGCCGAAAUGUCCUAAUUAAGUGUAAACUUCUUGUUCAAUUCCUAUCUAAUAUUCCACUCGACAGUGCAAACAAUCUCUUCCUUAAAAAGGAAUAAUACAAUAUUUAAACAUCAUCUCACCCACCCCUCCAAGGGGAGAAAAAGAAGUAGUGGAAGCGAAUGGAGAAAAGCCCAAACCCACAAGUAUUAGAAGACUUCUGUCCACACAAUUUCAUAUCUCCCUUUAAAAGUCCACGAUAACACCCGGAAAACAGCCUGGCUGUAAUACAAGACGACAGCGAACACUCUGCCUAACUACCAAAGGAUUAUAGCAAUCCUGGUGAUUUAGGUGCAUCUGUCUGUGAGUAAACACGAUUUGGAUAUGCCAUCUGAAGGAAAAUGUAAUGUAUAUUUUGAUUUGUGACAAAUAUUGUGAUCUCACAUUGUCUUUGAAAGUGUGGAUGUUGGUGUUUUGUGACUUGGUGAACAGAACUUAAAUUGCCAUUUUGGAUACUUCCAGACAUUCUCCACUAACAAAGAUUUCAUUUAAAGGUAGAUUUCCUCAUGGUACUUUUAUCUGUCUUUGAAAGUGUCUGAACUUUAAAAAGUUUACAUUUUGUUUCAAAUAUUGCUUGUUCUAUUUCUGACAUUCCAUAAAUAUACUUGAAAUGUUAUUUAAAUAUAUUCAAAGAAAUUUGAAUUCAGCUUAUAUAAUAACGCUUGAAUAUCUGAAUUAUAUAUUUGAAAAAUGCACUUGAAAUACACUGGAUAAUUACUUUUGUGAUUUAGAUUUUAAUUUCUGUUGCUGGUUUUUAUUUAAUUAGAUGCUAAUAAAUGAAGUAAA